AUCGCAAUAUGAUAUCGGACUAUUUUGUGCUGGAUGGAUGCCACCCGUUCUGAUUCUGUUUGGUAUCUGAAUUUGCAUUGGCUGCACCCCUGUAGAUGUGUGUAGCAUCCAAUGGUAUGGCAGCCUACACAUAUCCUAAAGAGGAGUAUGAUGGUGUAACACCAAGUCCACAGAAAGCAGAUCAUGAGAAUCAAAGGCAUGACUGUACUAGUGACAGCAUUAAGCCAGUCUGGUACAGCAGGGCACUGUCUUCAUAUGAAGAACAAAAUCCCAACCUGUCAACAUUCAGCUAUGGAAGCUUGGAAGCUUAUGGAGGGGAUGAAAUAAACCAAUCGGUAAACAUAUUUGAAGAGUUGGAAGAACUGCGUUGUCAACGUCAGAAACUAACAGAGACCAAUGAAGCGUUACAUAGACGGCUGGAAACAACAGAAGAGUCUCGGACAGAGCUACUCAAUAAAGCAGAAGAAGCAAAGGAAACUAUCAGCAGCCUCCUACAGAAACAAAGUGUGUUUAAAGAUCAGAUGAGAGAGCUACGAGACGAGAUCAAAUGUCUUGAAAACAACUCUUUGUGUUGGCAGAAUCAAGUAGCUGAACUGGAAUCAGAAAAGCAGUCAUUAGGGAAAAUUGUGCGACUAUUGAAAAGUGAGGAUACAGAGAAACUCUCAUUGAGAAGGGCAGUGGCUUCACUUGAAGAUGAGUUGGAAAAUGCAAGGAUAGAAAUAGACUCCAAGGAUAUCAAACUCAAAGAAGUUGUAAAGCACAGAGACGAGCUGAUAGAUGAACUACUUGAGGAGAACAAGAAUUACAUUGAGCUGUAUAAGAGUCAUAAAGACCUUCAAACAGCCUUUCAGGCAAUGAAAAUAGAGAAAAGAGAUUUAGAGAAGUCUGAGAUUCGACCAAUGAGAUCUAGUGUUGGUGAAGAGCUGAUCGAUAAGAAUGAAAACCUACUCAGUGAACUCAGAAUAGUAGUGAAUGAAAGCCCGGGUCCAUCGCCUAUCUGUGGUCUAGUAAGUUAUGAGAAAACAUCAGGAGAGAUCAUGGAAGGGUUACGAACCAUGGUAGAGAGUGUGAGUGCUGAGAUGGAGAGACUGGAUAUCACUCAGGCAGACCAGGAACCAGUGGAACAGAAUCUGAAUGAGCUGAGAGCUCAACAUGACAGUCUUCUGUGUAAAAUGAAAUGGAUCAUGGAAGCCAAGAAACAUUCAGAUCAAAGAGCAGUGAGCAUGGGAGACAAGUUAAAGGCUUUACGAGAAGAGAACGCUGGAAUGAAAGCCCAGUUACAGGGCCUGAAAGAGGAUGUUACUGAACAUACAGAUGCCACCACUUUCAAUACCCCUGGUGACGAUACAGAUCAUAGGCUGAGUCAAGCAGAGAAUGAGCUGGUGCUGGCAAGAGCAGAGGUCGAGCUAAUGGAGUUCACAUCUGGGAGAGACAAACAGAGGAUUAUAGACUUAGAGAGCUUGCUUUCUAUUUUACAGAAGGACCUUGAAUUGAAGAGGUUUGAACUGACAUAUGAGACAUCCAGUUUCGAAGAAGAACUAAUUUACAGAACUAAGAGACAACAUGCUAAGAAGAAGCCAGUGUCAGCUGACAGCAUUGGAGUGAUAUUGGACAAAGCAGGCAACACUGAGCCACGCAGGCCAAGAUGUUCACAUUGUAAACGAGAGGGAGUUGUAAGGAAUAAGAGGAUUUCUCCCGAAAGCAUCCCGUUCAAACCUGACCAGGCAGAGCUAGAGGAAUGCGUACAGAAACUACAAGAUCUUUCUCAUCUGGAUGAUACAUCAUCAGAUGAGGAUGUGCCUGACUGUGAGUCCAUAGAACCUUUACUAGAGUCUGGAUACAGGACAGAGGCCAGCAUUGGACGUAGCCCUGUCCCUUCUAAACAUCAACUGUUUCCUCAGUCGUUCCCUAUUUCAACCGUUGUAGAUGCCUUAGCCUUAGAUGCCUUCCCGCAAUCAUUCCAUCCUAUUCCUAGUCUAGACAGAGCAACCUUCCUCUCCAGUUCUCGUGGCCUCCUGCCGCUCUGUCCUCGCUGCGGAUAUCACCUCGACCCUUCUCAACACCAAGUCUUCUCAUCUACGGAGAUCCUCUACCCUAAGCUCUUCAAUGCCUUUGAUCCCAUUGGGCUUCUCUCAGGGGACGCCACAAGCAUAACCGGACUCUCGGACACUCUAGAUGACUUGUUCAAGAAUGAAGUAGCGAAGCCAUCGCUCCAGGAUUGUGGCACGCAAACUGAAACUGUCAAAGAGCACCGUAAAGAAUCAUCACGACUUCCGUGCCAUGCCUGCGUCCAGACUGACUUAGAGGUUCGUAUUCGUAAAUUAGCCGGCACACAGACUGAAGAGGAUGCUGCUUGCUUGUUGAACAAGAGUUCAGAGGUCACGCAUCAAGGAUCAAGCACAUGUAGCCAGGGAGUGUCGGCUAGCGUUGUGCUGACAGAAGCUCAAUCACAAACAGACAAUACAGAAGAGAGCUGCGAUACUGUCCAUGUAGACAAUGCGGUUGACGUGAGUCUAGCGAAGGUAUCGCUGACAGGGAACUCAUCCACGCAGAUAGACUGCGUUUCCAAUGAGGAAUCAUUGGUAGAAUUAACUAGCAUUGCAACACAAACCUUGCCAAACCCUAACCAAGCUACCUCAGCAUCUUCUUUCACCUUUGACCUUACCAUCCCCGUACCUUCUAACGAUCAUCUGGCCCUCGUCAAGACAUCCUCUGUAUCAUCCACCUAUCUGGCGCCCUCUACCUUGCCUCCGCAUCUCAUCUCUGAAGAUUGGGAUUCUGAUAUCAGCUCCGAUUCGCCCCUGUUUGUCAGUGCACGGUCGUCACCUCUCGUCUUCGGCAAGCAAGAAGGGGAACCACCCAAGCCUGUCGAGACGCUGAGCUUCAAACCCAUAGGUGCAAGCAGAGAAAAGAUGGAACAGACUGUUCCUGCAUGUCUAGAUGAGAACUCUAAUAAAGACAUAGCAAGACACAAGCCCAGUGUACACAGAGAAACUGUGUUAAACCCAGAAAAAUCCACCAUGAGACAACGACGAUCGCUGGAAAGAGAAAGGAAAUACUCAGGAGUUGUUCAAGCAAGCAAUGGUGAAAUGGUAGACCUGACUACAGCAGAGAUCGAUGCAUCCUCAAUAACACCAUCAGACCAUGCCCUCAACGAGAAACUACUCUCCGAGUCAAGGAAGGUCACUGAGAAGUUUGAGAACAGGAGAGGGAGACGUUUCUCUCCUGCGAAGAAUGAAGGUAAAUAUAUGCUGUGUUUUAAAGCCCGUCUGCACUAGUUUUGCCAGUAGGGGUUAGACCUCCCUGAAAGGUCUCUGUUUGAGAACAGGAGAGGGAGACGGUUCUCUCCUGCAAAGAAU